AUGGCAGAGAUAGUAGGUGCAUCAAUUGUUGCUGGAAUUGGGUUUGGAGUGUUUAAAGUCAUUUGUGAUGGAGUUGAAAAGAUGACAACACCAACCGAUCAAACAGACAAAGAAAGUAGUGAGAAUCAAACCUAUGAGGAGAUUAAUCAAGUAAAACAACAGGAAGAAAUAACGAAAGAAAAGCAGGAUGAAGAAGACAAACAAGCAGAUGAUACAAAGAUUGAAGAAAUAAUAAAAACACAUUAUGAAAAAGCACAACAAUAUGUUGAAAUGAAUAAUAUUGAAGGAGCAGAAGAAGAAUUUAUUUUAAUUGAUGAAAUUAACAAGAAAAUAGGAGAGAAAGGUAUGUUUGCAGCAGUUAUUAAGAAAGAACUAGCAUCAAUUAGAUUUCUCAAAGAAGAUUAUUGUACAAGUAAGAAAUACCUUGAAGAAGUCAUUAAGAUAAUGAAAGACAUUAUGAAAGAAGAAAGUAACCAAGAAGUUGAAAUAUUAUAUAUUGAAGUUAUCAAUCAAAUGAUUGAAACAAGAAUAAUGAAUAUCAAAUAUGAAGAACCAAAAGAAAUGAAGAAUGAAGAAGAAAUGAAAAGAAUUGAAGAAGAAAUUCAAGAAAAUAAGGAAAGAAUUGAGAAAAUGAAAAAAGAAGAGAAAUAUAAAGAAAUAAUGAAAGAGAAAGAAGAAGAAAAUAUGAUGGGAAAAAUUCAAUAUUAUAUAAUGAAAGAAGAAUGGAAAGAAAGUGAAAAAGAAAGUAAAGCGUUAAUUAAAAAAUAUAAAGAAGAAGGAAAGAAAGAAGAAGAGAAACGAAUAAUUGGUUGGUUAAAUAACAUAUAUGUCAUUGAAAAGAAUAAAGAAGGAAUUAAAGAGAAUUUUAUAAGAAUUCAAGAAUUAAUAGAAAAUGAAAAAGAAGAAAUAGAGGUAAUAAGUGAAAGAGCAAUAAUUGAACAUGAAAUUAAAGAAUAUGAAGAUAGUAAUAACAGUUGUUAUGAGUGUAUUAAUGCAAUUAAAAGAAAACAAGAAAAGAAAGAAGUAGAGAAUAAAAGAGACAUUAUAGAAAUAGAAAAUCAAAUGUAUUAUACUAUAAUAGAAAAUAUAACAAGUAGUAAUAAAGAAAAAGAAAGAAAAGAAGAAAUAGAAGAAUGUAUGAAUCAAAUUAUUAAAUUAACAAAAGAAAUAAAAGAAACGAUGUUAAUAAGUAGUCAUUUUAUUAAAACAUUAAGUAUUGAAGAAAUAAAUAGUAUUGAUCAAAUAUAUCGAAAUUUAAUAUGUAAAAUAUUAAUACGAAAUGUAGGGAAAAAUGAAUUACCAAAUGAAUAUACACUUCAAAUGAAUAUCAAAACGGUAAAUGGAACAAUGAUUAAAGAGGGAGAAAAAAUUAAAAAUACAGGAAAGAAACAAAUAACAAUGAUAGUAACAAAUAUUGAAAAUAUGAAUAAAGAUGAAGUAUAUUUAAUUGAGAUUAAUAUUCAAAAUGAAAAUAAAGAAAACAUCUUUAAACAUCUUCAAUUUUUUUAUCUUAAUUGA